CCACAUAUCCACACCCACACAUUCCAGACAUAUAAACUGUGAUGCAGCCCAUACCCAUGGUCCCUCCAACAUCUCUCCCACUCUCAACUGUCAGGCCAAAUCAUGCUGCCUAACACGCUACCAGAUCAUAUUUCGUCCCAAAUCUUAGAACAGCUGGAGAAGAAGUCUCAGCAGCACAUUCUUGCAAGUGACCUGGAGAUCAGGACACGCAACAUGAUGAAGUGCUUUGCGAAUACUCCUGGCACUCUCCCCUUGCCAAGCCCUAUUACGCGCAACGCUUGGACUCUUCUGCCUAAUGAGAUGGCCCACCCGAUGACUAUGCCCCUGAAGGCGGGCGUUAUUUCCCCUCGUGCGCCACCAACCACUCCCAUGGAUGAUACUUUCGCUGUCGCUGAUGAAUCUUCAUCUACCAUAUAUGAGACUUGCACUCCUACUUCGGACACUGUAGCGUUGGGAGGAGUUGCCUCGGACACAUGCAGCACGGUCGAUGUUUCUGAAGGCCGUCAGCCUAAUGCGGAUGAAAAGUCCUCACACGAAACCAACGAUCCCGAGGAAACCGCUUUGCCGCUGAGCGACCAGGACCAUUCAUAUCCCUCAGACACCAAGAGCAUGUUUGUCAUGCAACCCGGCGAAUCCCCGGUUUUGGCGGCACCAUUCGAAGAAAUUGUCGAUGCCAAAAUGAAAGAACUCCGAAUUUAUGGCUUGGGUUUCGUUACCGAAUGUCUGCUGGCCGCUGGAUUGCAGAGCGUUGAGUCAGGGCCUCUUAUUUCGAAGUUAGUGCAAAGCAUAUUACAAAGGAUAAAGAAGGAAUCGCGGACACAAGCCAAACGUUUGGAGAUGCUCUUGCGCCUAGGCUCUAUGGAGAUGUUUCGCCGACACUGGAAAUCAAAUGGCCACUGGAGGCACAUAAGCUCUACAUCUGGUCGACAUUCUGAUUACACCCUGAUGGGAGUGAACAAGGCUGGCCUUGUGGGAUCGCUCUUCUCUGCUAAAGUCAUGAUGGCCGAAGACAUCUCCCUUUGCUUGUCCAUGCUGUUGGAGGAGAUACACUUUGACCGUCUGUGCGCUAUGCACGCCCUCCUCCUAUACGCAGACGACAGAUUGUGCAAAACCGCGAAUUUACCAGCAUUGAUGCAGUUCCAAACACGGCUGCGCCUUGUCGAUCCAAGAACUGACAUGUAUCUUUGGGGUCCUGUCCCAGAUGCCCAAGCCAUGAUGCAGGACAUUUUUGAUACUAUUGAAGGUUGGAUGGCCAUUCAGGCACACAGGCGCGAGCAACUUCAAUAUCGUACUUUUUUAGCAUCUUGCUCGGGUCGGAAGCCUCCCUUGAAGACUGUAGGACCACGGAUGCGUGUAGGCAGGAUGAGAAACAAAGCCUAACGCUUGAGGUCAUCACACAUGUUGCACUAAAGUAUCGUAUAUAAUAUACCCGCACGUCCUCGGAAAUCAAUAAAGUUCAUAUUUGUACACAGAUGUGUGAAUUCGAAAUCUGUCAAGGAACGUCCCUAACAUGUAGGUAGUCGAUCUACGCCCCUCGAGCGACAAGAAAUUGCUCCGGGAUGUCCGGAUUCUCAUACCUAGAGAGGAUAGGUACAGUGUAUAAUUCAGCCAUGUCGUUC